AUGAUGAAUAAAAAAUUAAUUCAAACUAAGAACUUUUUAUCUGAAAGGAACUAUGGAAGUAUAGAUCAAAAUGUGAGGACUAAAAAUAAAAGAAGAUUAAUGAAAUUCCAAAGUAAAAGUAAAGCAAAAUCGUUCCUUUUUUUAUUGGAACUUAUGGUAUUCUCCCUUUUCAUAUGGAUUUUAAAGAGUGCAAAGCAUAACAUAUCAUCCAAAUCGAUAUAUAAUAAAAAUAAAUUCCAUAACACGUUCAAUAGAAGAGAUACAAGAGUUUUAGCAGAGAAAGAAGAUCAAUACAUAAGGGACCCAAAUAAUUCUAAUUAUCCUCAUAGAGACCUUGACAUCUGUAAUUGGGAUGAACCUCAUAAUCCUGAAAAAAAUCCUUGUGCCAUUCCACAAGACAAUUUAUCCAAUGAAGGCAUAGAAAUAAUUAAUUAUGUUGAUAAAAAAGAAGAAGAGAAACUUAAAAAUGAUUUGAAAAUACAUUUUGCCAAAAAACACUGUUCAUUAGUUAAGGAUAUAUAUAAACCUAUACAAUCUUAUGUAAACGGUUUUUCAAAGGUCGUAGAUCAUUAUGUUGAUAGUUUAAA